AUGGCAGGAGCAGGAGUCGGCGGCCGCAAGGCUCGCAACUUCGCGACCUUUCGCCUAUUCCCCCGCGACGGUGCCGCCGACCCCAACGACCGCGUCUUCGUCCGCGUCGACAACAACGCCUACACCAUCCCCGGCUUCGGCGACGACGAAGACCCUUCCCUCUCCCCCGCCGCCGCCACCGACCAAUUCCCUUCCUCCACCUCUGGCCCCCUCCCCGACCACGUCCGCCAGCAGAUCCUUGAGCUCGGCCUCCCCGACGAUGGCUACAACUACCUUCUCCAUCUCCGUGAGCUGCGGCCCUCCGCUGUGGCCUCCUCCUUCGUACCCAGCCAUACCGCCCGCCCGGAGCAACUCCCCCUGGACGUGAAGGCCUAUGAUGCAAGCAAGGUGCGGGUUGCUUCUGGCAAGGCCGAGGAAGAGUUGGACGAGGGGAGGACCAUGUGUAAGGUGGCCGCAAAGACGGCACCGGUGAGGCGAGUUGAGAAGGCCGUCGACCCUGACGUUGCAAGGUUGCUCGAUGAGAGCGAGGAUGAGGGUUUGGAGGAGGAUUUCGUCAUCAUGGCAAACCAAGCCGAAGGGGAUGACAUGGAGGAUGAAAGUGAGGAAGAGGGUGGUGGUGUGUUCAGUGAUGUGGAAAAUGAUGAGGAGUUCAACAAUGAAGAGGAUGAGCCCAAGCCGAGGGUGCCACGAUUGCUGGAUGAACAAUUUGAUUUGCUUGCUCUGGAAGAAUAUGGAGCUAGUGAUGAUGAUGAUGGAGCUGUUAGAGAUGGGGAACAUGAACUCCCAACAGAGGUUAUAGAUGAAUUGAAGUUGUUCCACAAUCAAAAUGUAUGUGUUGAUGAAGAAUAUAGAACACCAGCAGAUUUUGUUCGUGGAAAACUUGACUCAACCACCGCUGAGGAGGUGGAUGAAUCUGCUAAUGUGAUCCAAAAGUGUGCUGAAUAUGCUGAAAGGUAUUUAAAUGAAACUGCAGAAGAUGAAGAGGUCUUGCUUGUUUCAGAAAGCAGUGAUGAAUCUGAAGUUUGGGACUGUGAGACCAUUGUUUCCACGUACUCUAACUUGGACAAUCACCCUGGCAAAAUUCAAACUCCAGGAAAUCCUAGAAACCGUCUUCCCAAAGUUUUCCCUGGGGAAACAGCAACAACGAAAGAUAUCAUCAAGCUUCAUGGUAAAGAGAAACUUCCUGUAGAUUACCUGCCACAGAGGAAAAGAAAAGUUGAAAAGGAGAAGAAAGCAAAGCCCACAGAAGCUUCAGAUGCUGAAUAUUAUUUUGAAAAGGUAGUAGUCCAGAAGGAAACAAAAGAUGAAAAGAAAGCUAGAAAGUCCGCGGUAAAAGAAGAGAAGAGAGAAGCCCGGAAAGCAAAGAAAGAGCUCAAAGAACUGUAUAAAUUUGAAACACAGAAGGCUCAGAAAGUUGCUGCUGUUACAGGGCCAUCUUCCAUACGGCUAAUCAUAUGUAACAUGUUUCCUACAUCUGCUGAACGGUUGAAGCCUUGA